AUGGUGACACCCACAGGAACAACUGAAUCAAUGUUGUCAACCUCAACACUCACCACAAAUGAAGUUAUUAAAUCUACCAACCCUAAUCAUUCCACAACUUUCAGUUCCCCUACAAAUACAGAGGUUUCAUCCAAUUCACCCUCUUCAUCCCCUACAAUGUGUACUCACACAAACACAACUCAGCUACCACCUACCAGCCAGGAAUCUUCUACAACAAAAAUGUCCUCACCCACAGAAACACAGUCUACAUCUGUGACAAUGGUGACACCCACAGGAACAACUGAAUCAAUGUUGUCAACCUCAACACUCACCACAAAUGAAGUUAUUAAAUCUACCAACCCUAAUCAUUCCACAACUUUCAGUUCCCCUACAAAUACAGAGGUUUCAUCCAAUUCACCCUCUUCAUCCCCUACAAUGCGUACUCACACAAACACAACUCAGCUACCACCUACCAGCCAGGAAUCUUCUACAACAAAAAUGUCCUCACCCACAGAAACACAGUCUACAUCUGUGACAAUGGUGACACCCAGAGGAACAACUGAAUCAAUGUUGUCAACCUCAACACUCACCACAAAUGAAGUUACUAAAGCUAUCAACCCUGAUUACUCCACAACUUCCAGUUCCCCCAUGAAUACAGAGGUUUCACCCAAUUCACCCUCUUUAUCCCCUACAAUAGGCACUCACACAAACACAACUCAGCUACCACCAACCAGCCAGGAAACAUCUACAACAAAAAUGUCCUCGACCACAGAGCCACAGUCUACAUCUGUGACUAUGGCGACACCCACAGGAACAACUGAAUCAAUGUUGUCAAACUCAACACUCACCACAAAUGAAGUUACUAAAACUACCAACCCUGAUCACUCCACAACUUCCAGUUCCCCCACAAAUACAGAGGUUUCAUCCAAUUCACUUUCUUUAUCCCCUAAGAUAGGCACUCACACAAACACAACUCAGCUUCCACCAACCAGCCAGGAAACAUCUACAACAAAAAUAUCCUCACCCACAGAGCCACAGUCUACAUCUCGGACAAUGGCGACAACCACAGGAACAACUGAAUCAAUGUUGUCAACCUCAACACUCACCACAAAUGAAGUUACCAAAGCUACCAACCCUGAUCACUCCACAACUUUCAGUUCUCCCACAAAUACAGCAGUUUCAUCCAAUUCACCCUCUUUAUCAACGACAAUAGGCACUCACACAAACACAACUCAGCUACCAACAACCAGCCAGGAAUCUUCGGCAACGAAAAUGUCCUCCCCCACAGAGCCACAGUCUACAUCUGUGACAAUGUUCUGCUACAAAUACAAAGGUUUCAUCCAAUUCACCCUCUUCAUCGCCUACAAUGCGUACUCACACAAACACAACUCAGCUACCACCUACCAGCCAGGAAUCUUCUACAACAAAAAUGUCCUCACCCACAGAAACACAGUCUACAUCUGUGACAAUGGUGACACCCACAGGAACAACUGA